GUCGAGCAACGCGAGAAAGAAUUUGAGAAACAAUUGCAACGCAAGACAGAGAUCGAGAUCAGACCUAUGUCAAAUAAAGUUAGUACAUUAAAGUAUUUUGCUAACUACAUCAAACGGUCCUACGCUCAUAUGCCCACGGGUUGGACAACAUAUGACCGAUGCUUGGAAAGUUACUCCUUAAUGUCUACCUGGACGCGUUUAGCACCUGCUAACUCCUCCAAGAGUGAUGUUAUAGAUUUUGAUGAUCCAGAAUCAAUUCUUGAUGCUAUAAAAAAGAAACUUAAAUCAAUAAGUAAUCGGAAAAAUUUGUUGAGUCAUGCACAAAGUAAAGCUGCAUCUCUUUAUUCUUCAUUCGACAAGACGGUUAAAAGGACGAAAAUCAAAAAUUUAAUUGAGAGAAUAGAAAAGAAGGCAAAAUCAAUGAAGAUUGAGAAUAUUAAUGAUAAAUUGGAAAUUGCUUCAGAUACAACAUUGAAAAAAGAAUCAAAUAGAGAUUAUAGUGAAAAUAGCGAUGAUAAUUUUCAAGGGCCUGGUGAAAGCUCAUCCACUUCUCUCACCAAGACCAAUUUUUUGAUAGCGGAUAAAACUUUAUCCAAUGAUGAAAUCGAGUUAACAAAUAAUUUGGAUGCAACCAAUGACAAGGAGCGAAUUCCUCAUUACUAUUUGUUGUAUAAACAGAUCAAGACCACUAGCGAGAACGACAAUGGUUCAUUUCCUAGUACUGAAAGUCUUAAUUCGGAAUCAUCAACAUCAGAUUCAACAUCACAAAUCAUUAAUUUAGACGAGAAUGACGAGUUUGUUAAUUCUACACAAGAUAUUGAGGUUAUGUUUGAUAAUACAUUUGAAACCUUGGCCAAAGAAAGCCUCGUUGGAAAUGGAGAAUGGAUUAUCGGUUCUGGUAAGAUUAAUGUGCGUGAAUUAUUAAAAAAAUGGAAGUACGAAAAGGAUCGUCCACAUAAUGAGUAA